AUGGGACCCCAGAAUGGGACUCCCCAUGAUUUCAUCUCCGUUCUGGACAUCGAUUUCCUGGAGCUGCUGCUGAGCCCCGGGAGUGGGGGGGACAGCGAGGGGGGGGCGGCCCCCCCCUGGGAGCUGCUGGUGGCCCCCGCCCGGCUGCGGGGCCGCACCUGCGCCGACAGCGCCGCCGCCCUCGCGCGGCUGCUGCAGCACCUGGGGACCCCCCCGCGGGCCGCGGCCCCCCCGCGACCCCCGCCCGGGACCCCCCCGGCCCCGGAGAGACCCCCGGGGCAGGAGGAGCCCCCGCCGGGGGGGGAGCAGGCCGCCCCCGCCCCCAUCAACCAGCAGGACCUGACGGACGCGCUGAGGGACCCCCCCGGGACCCCCCCCGGGGACCCCCGGACCCCCGGUGUGUCCCCGUAUCCGCUGGCUGGCCCCCGGGCCCCUGCGCAUCCUCCCCGGCCAUUUCGGGGUCCCGCGGGGGGGGCGGGACCGGCUGCGCCCCCCCCCGGGGCUCCCCCCCCCGCUCCCGCCUGCUGCUGCGCGACCUCAGCCUCACCUGGGCCCUGCACGGGGGGCGGGACUUCGGCAACGGCCACGCCCCCGACAGGCCCCGCCCCCGGCAGCUCAGGCCCCGCCCCCCCACGGUGGCGCUGCCGGGGGGGCCCCGGGAGGGUCCAGGAGGAGCUGAUGGAGCUGUACCUGGGCAAGCUGUGGCUCAAGGCCCUGCGGGUUCUGCCCCACCCGCCCCCCCCCGGGGGGGUCCCCGAGUGCUGCCUCAGGGUGACCCUGACCCCGCUGCGCCUGCACAUCGACCAGGACCCGCUGAUUUUCCUCAGGGAUUUCGCCGGCGCCUUCCUCGCCCACCUGAGCCCCGCCCCGGGCCCCGCCCCGGGCCCCGCGCCCGCCCCCCCCGGGGUCGGGGACCCCCCCAGGCCGGAGCCGCCCCCGGAGCCGGAGCCAGAGCCAGAGACCCCCCCGAUCUACUUCCGCGAGUUCCGUUUCACGGCCGAUGUCCCCGUCUGGCUGGAUUACCGCGGCAAGCGCGUCACCAUGGAGCAGGGCGCCCUGGCCGGGAUCCUGAUCGGGCUGGCGCGGCUGAACUGCUCCCAACUGCGCCUGAAACGGCUCUGCCACCGCCAGGGGCUGCUGGGGCUCAGCCGGGUCGUGUCCUACGCGGUGACCGAGUGGCUCCGGGACAUUCGGUGUCACCAGCUGCCGGGGCUGCUGGGGGGGGUGGCGCCGGUGCACGCCGUGCUGCGCCUCUGGCGCGCUCUCCGGGACCUGCUGCUGCUGCCGCUGCAGGGGGGGGGUCCCGGGGGGGUGACCCGGGGGGUGACCCGGGGGGUGACCCGGGGGGUGACACGCUCGGGGCCGCCGGGGCCAGCGCGGCGCUGGGGCUGGGAGCGAGGCUGCUGAGGGCGCUGCAGGCCCUGGCCGAGGCUCUGUUCGGACUCGUGGCCCCCCCGGGCCCCCCCCACGAGCGGCUCCCAGCACGGACCAGCACGGACCAGUACAGACCGCGCCCCCCCGGCUCGAGGAGCGGCCCCGCCCCCACCGAGGG